AUGAUCCAGGACACCACGUACAACCUCGAACUUCAGCUACAACGAAUCGACGAACAGUCAGCGCAGUCUCUUACUGAGGAUAAUGUGUUGGAUAUCAGUGCAGAGUUGAAAGAGGAAAGAGCAACCAUUGAACAAUGCAUCGGGAUCUGUGGGUGGGCCGCAUCGAAUUUCUCAACCUUGUCAUCCUUGGCGCCGUCUUUCACGACCAGUUGCCUUUCCGAAGAGGACGAAGAAGAAAGAACCAAUAUUCUAUCAAGGCUACAAAAAGAGGAACCGUCACAGCCUUUACGGCGAUUUUUGGAGACACUAAAGCUGGGCUCGCCUGUUUGGGACAUCUCGAUCUUUGCCGAGUAUCUGAGAAAAUUAGCCCAUAUAUGUGGACCUGGAAGGGAAGAGUACUACGAGAAUGAUUUGAAAGGCCUACACUACCCAGCUUCGUUCAUGGAACUGUGGAACCAAACAUAUGCGCGGCUACCCAUUACGGCCUCAGAUGAUGAUUUUUAUUUCCAAUGGGUAUGUCCCCCGGGCUGGACUCCUGAGAUAAGACAAUCUUGCGUUGUAUACUCCUACCAUGGAGAAGCCCCUCUUAGUGAAGGCCUCUACGACGUUCUGGCUGGACCUGCGACACUAGACUGCGGGAUGCGGACCCAACUUUUCUUUUGGGUGACAACAAUUGGAGUCUUCGGGGACAAAUUAUUUCACGAGAAGUUUCGCUUUGCGAAAGGACAAUUCGUCUUAACACAAGGCUUGUAUGUGAGAUAUGAUGGCAUCGACGGCAACCCCCUGUUGCCGUACUUUGAUCCAACCCUCGGUCCAGAAGUGGAGUCGAAACCCGAAAAACCACAAAUACGCAUACAGAUCAAGGCCAUGUUCAAUACCUCGACAUACAUUCUGAAACAUCCGGGAGGCACGGCAAGGCUGCAGAAUGUUAUUCAAAUCAACGAGCAAUACAUCAUCCACGAGCAACCAAGUACGAAAAAUAGUUUGUCGGCUACAGAACUGGACGAAAAGCUCCGCCAGGCAUACAACACUCCUCGGACCAAUGCGGAUGAACGAGAGCUGUGGAGGUGGGGGCACAGUUCAGCACACAUCGUACAUGCACAGCUUCAUCCAAAAAGCUUUGGCGACCUUUUCAAGGAAGCCGAAAAGUAUGCUCAUCACAUGUUAAGUGUGCUUGAGUGGAAUCAGACGCGGGAUGAGCGGAAGAUGCAGUCCAACAAAUAUCGGCUCGAAUUCAAUUUUGAGAGACUGAAACACCACAUGAAACAGACGAUGUUGAUGACGGGCAAGGGUCUGGCUUGA